AUGGGGACCUAUGGGACUAAUCUAGCGCCAAUCUGUGAUAAAUAUUCAGUUCUUCUACAAACGGAUGACUUCUUGAAGCUGGCUAAGAAAGUUCCUUUCCUAGAAAAAAACUCGGCAUACAACAUCGGCGACUACGGAACUGCCGAUGGUGCUGCCGCCAUGACGUUCCUCGGGACACUCAUCGAGAGUCUGAGAGAGCACCAUGGCUCUCACGUGCAGUUCCAGGUCAUCCAUGAAGACCAAGAGGUCAACGACUUCAACUCUCUGUUUAGACGCCUCUCUGGUCUAAUCCCUGAGCCACCAUCCUACCUCCAGAAUAUCGAGAACGUCUUUGCUUUGGCCUCGGGAACAAAUUUUUAUAAGCAGUGUGUCCCAGCCGACUCAAUGCACAUAAUACUCUGCAUGGUCGCUGUACAUUGGCUUUCUGGAAAACCACCUGUGAAUAAAGAAAAUAUUUACUCUUUUCCAAAUACAGAUACUGAUGUCAGGUAUAUGCUCGAGAAACAAGCGUCCGAGGAUUGGGAGAAAUUCCUUAUCUUGAGAAGUCGUGAACUGAAAAAAGGAGGCCUUUUGGUUGUAUCUACACCGAGCAACUCCAUUUCGACGUCAGGAGAAAUGAAGAUUUGCAGUGAGAACUUCUUGUCAAUUUUGAAUGAAAUUUGGAAGAAAUUUCGCGACAUGGGCAAAAUUUCCCAAAGUGAACUCGUGAAUACUAAUAUGGCAUCCUGCGACAAGAGUUUACCUCUACUGAAAGCUCCAUUUGAAGAUCCCGACUCAAAAGUGAGUAAAUGCAAUUUACGGCUUUUAUCAGCUAAACUGGUUGAUGCUCCCUGUGAAAUAUACAACGAGUGGAAACAAAGGAAGGAAGAAGAUGGCGUUGAUGACAGGGUUAGAUAUGCCAGAAGAUUUGUGGCAGCCCAUCGAUGUUGGAGCAACAGUGCCUUUCUGACCGGUCUUGCAGGAACGAGGAGUAAGGACGAAAAAGAAUUAAUUGUGAAUGAGUUAUACGAACAGGUAAAGGAGGUGAUCAAAAAGAGGAACCCAGAAGAUUUGAAGGACACCAAUCUUUUCGCUUAUGUCUACAUCACCAAGGAGUGA